GUGCUCAGCAGCGUGUCUGACGGCCAGCUAGCAUUCAGCAAGUGGUGUCAGACACACCUAGCCUGGCCCGUGUGACUCACACUCGUGUGAUCCGUGCAACUCACACUUGUCACACUCGCAUUUGUGGAAUUUCACCGACUAGUCGUCGUGACGAAUGUCAUCCAGCUUGCAUCAGGCAAACCGUGUAAGGCGUCGGUUCCUGUAAGCGACAAGUGUGGCCAGGUUCAUCCAGCGCAGCACUUGCAGCGGCCAUGGCGGACCCCACUAACCAGGCGUUGACGCGUGUCAUGACGCCAGCGCAACCUGAUUCCCGAAUGGGGGAGAGCCAGCCGAGCCGCCGAUUCUGUAUCAUUUUCCUACGAACGAACCGCUUUCCGAACGCAGUCGCGUCGCCACUGGCAGCGGUUCGGUCCUUGGAAUUCCUUGGAAUUCCUUGGAGAUGUGAUCGUGCUUCCCCGUUGAGUCUCAAGAAUCCCCGAGGAAUCAAGAGCUCCUUUUCACGGAGCAAUUCACCCGCUGCUGGAGUUGGGAGCCUGGAGCGAACCUGGAGUUGCGAACCUGGUUUAAAGUCUGAUCUCGGCUGGAUGUCUGUUUGCACGGGUUCCGGAAUCGUGUCUGCUCAACACAAGAACGGAGGAAGACUAUACAGGAACUGGGAAGGCGGUAUUCGGUGAAAUUUGUGAUAAAUUCGUUUGUGACAAAUUCGAGGGAUUUCUGCUGACUGAAGCCCCUGCAUCCUUCUGUUCUUGUCCUGACCUGAUUAUCAACCCGCCUCAUAGCCAUGGCGUCUCUGACAGCUCUGAUGACCGCCAACUCCGGCUUAAUCUCCGCUUCACGACCCAAGAGCUCUCGUCUUCCCUCUCUCUCCUCCCCUUCCACGUCGUCUCGUUCCACGUCGACUCGUUCCCUCACAAAUCCCGUUCCUCCUCGCCGUCGGAUCGCCACGGCCAAUCUCCACCGUACAAGCUUUCCCCCUUGGCCCACCGUGCACUCUAUGCACUCUCCUAGCAUCAGGCGAGGUUCGUCGGAGUGGAUGGGUCCGUCCGGCCUGUCCAAGCCUCGUGCCUCCUCCAACCCUGCUCUGUCCAGAAUCAGCAGUAAGAACAGGAGAAACCGCUUCAGCUAUGGUUCCCGGCUGCCGCUGGUUGCUGCUGCUGCUGCUGCUGCUGCUGCUGAUGAUGAUGAUGAUAGGGAUACGGGAGAAACAGGAGAGAGUGAAGGGGACCAGAUGGAACCAGUUAGGGAGGUGGGAGAGAGUGGAACGAUUGGUGAGGGGGAUGGGACAGACGAGCAGGCAGCAGCAGAGGUGCGGCCUGCUCCAAGUCAACCAAAUCAACGGCUCACAGCGCAUCUGGACCUGGGCGAGGUGCAGCGGCAGCUGCAGCUGUCAAAUCAGCGGACCAAAGAGAAUCUGAGUUACCUCAGAUCACGCCUGCAUGCUUCUAACGAGUGGACGGCAAAGCACCUGAAGGCAUCCAACGAACACACUAAGGAGAACCUGAAUCACCUGAAAACUCGCCUGAAUGCUUCUAACGAAUGGACCCUGAAGCACCUGAGGGAGGGGCACCAGUGGACGUCUAAGCACCUGAAAGCAUCAAAUCAGCGGACACUGCAGCAGCUGCAGCACUUGAUGCACUCGGACUUGGGGGACUCUCUGCUGCAUCCAGAGUACCUGGAGCAUCUGGAUCUCGGCAAUCUCAAGGCGAAGCUGGAGGCGUCCAAUGAGAUGACCAGGGAGCGUCUGAAGCAGUUGGCAGAUUCAGAGCAUCUGGACAUCGGUAAUCUCAAGGCGCGGCUGGAGGCGUCUAAUGCGAAGACCAGGGAGCGUCUGAAGCAGUUGGCAGAUUCAGAGCAUCUGGACAUCGGUAAUCUCAAGGCACGGCUGGAGGCGUCUAAUGCGAAGACCAGGGAGCGUCUGAAGCAGUUGGCAGAUUCAGAGCAUCUGGACAUCGGUAAUCUCAAGGCGCGGCUGGAGGCGUCUAAUGCGAAGACCAGGGCGCGGUUAAAGCGGUCGGGCAGACAGGCGUCGCACACAGUGCACGGUGUAGCAGACGUGCUGUCAGUCAUCGGCGCCGCUGCUGCUGCUGCCUCUUCCGGCGCUGCUAUCUCUGGCACUUCAACUGGAGGGGAAACCGGCUCCGCAUCUCCUGCUUCUGCUGGUGCUAGAGAUAACUGGGCUGUAGCAGCUGCGGCUGACGCCAGGGUGACAGUAACUCAGGGUAGUACAAAUGGUGCGAGCAGCGCAAGCAGCGCACCUCCCAAGAGCCCUCCUCGCAAUCCGUACCUGAGUGGGAACUUUCGACCCGUGGCCAACGAGGUUCCUGAGGAGCUCGACUGCGCUGUUAUCGGCCAUAUUCCCUCGGGCUUGCAGGGUCGGUUCAUCCGCAAUGGCCCCAACCCGCAGCUGCCUCCCUCCAGCCCCGCCCUCUACCACUGGUUCGAUGGGGAUGGCAUGGUGCACUCAGUGAACUUUCACCCAUCUCAAGCGAACUUACAUCCUCCUGGGAAGAACCUUCACUCUGCUCAAGGGAACUUUCAAUCCGGCCAAGGGAACGCUCACUCCUCCAGGGAGGCCAUUCCCCAUCCUCGAGUGGGCUACAGCCGGCGCUACAUCCGCACUACGGGGUGGCAGGAGGAGCGGGCGGCAGGGCGAGCGCUCUUUGGCGGGUUGCAGCAGGUGGGGCUGGGGGCGAGCCACCUGCUGCUGGCGGCGAUGAACCUGCUGGGGCUCAGGCAGCAGGAUGCACCCAUGUGGAACAUGACAAAGAACGUGUCCAACAACCAUUUCAUCCUCCAUGCUGGUCGCCUACUCUCUCUGUGGGAAGCAGGCCUGCCGUAUCUGCUGGACCCAUCUACUCUCAACACUACGGGCGUCCACUCGUUUGAUGACACGUGGCGCAGCGGAAUGACAGCUCACCCCAAAGUGGAUCCAGUUACCAACCACAUGAUAAUCUACGGUUACAACUUGACGCACAAGCCCUACCUGCGCUAUGGGGUGGUGGACCCCGCUGGAGCUCUCGUGCACUCCACUGAUAUCGACCUACCACAUCCUGUCAUGAUGCACGAUUUCGCUAUCACCGAGCACUACUCCAUUUUCCUCGACUUCCCGCUUCGCUUCCAGCUCGACAAAGUCAUUCAGUCGCACGGAAACGCCAAGCCCUUUGUCUUUGACCCUUCUAAGCCAUCUCGCGUUGGAGUGCUCCCUCGCUUUGGCUCCAAGGCCGACAUCCAGUGGUUUACAGUGGAGCCGGGCUUCUGUCUUCAUGUAGUGAACGCAUUCGAAGAAUCCUCCUCCUCCUCCUCCUACUCCCCAUCCGCACAUUCAUCCUCCUCCCCCCACUCCCCUCCUCCCGCCAUCGUCCUACGUGUCAUCCGCUUCCACGCCUUCUCAGCGCUGGGCCUGGGUGAGCUGGCAGAUGACCUGGCGUGCGAUGAGGUGGCGCGGCUGCACGAGUACAGGCUGGACCUGCAAUCGGGAACAGCGGAAGAAAAAUCGCUGGGCAAGGUGUGCUGCGAUUUUCCCUCUAUCAACCCAAACUUCACGGGCCGCCCCCAUCGAUACGCAUACACUGCUAGAUUCACAGCACAGCCGGGGCCCGGCACCACCGUCCCCUCCUUCAACGCCAUAAUGAAGCACGAUUUCCAGCAGGGUACCUACCAGGUGCACACCCUCCCACCUGGGAGGUUCUGCGGCGAGCCCGUGUUUGCCCCACGGCACCACUUCCAGAGCACCCAAUUCCGAAGUGAUCCCUCUCAGACCAGCGGUGCAGUGGGAGCAGAUGCGGUGGGGAUGGGUGCGGAGGAGGAGGAUGAUGGGUGGGUGGUGGCGCAUGUGUGGGAUGAGGAGGAGAUGAGAAGUGAGGUGAUUGUGCUGGAUGCAAUGCAUCUGGACCGGGAACCGCUGGCGCGAGUCAUCAUGCCCAAGAGGGUGCCGUAUGGCUUCCACGGGACGUUCCUUCCCAACUGAUUGUGGAGCAGGGUGAUUGUACUAAAUGCACUGAAUCUGGACAGCAAAUGGGUGAUUAAGCUGGAUGCACUGAAUCUGGACAGCAAGUGGCUGGCGCGAGGGAUGAUGCCCAAGAGAGUGCAGUGAGGCUUCCAGGGGAUGUGUCUUCCCAACUCAACAUGGGGUGGGGCGUCGGUGACAUGCUGCUGUAGUGGCUAGGCUUGAAAGGGUGACUAGAUUUCAUGAGUGUUGAUGUACAUAGCUUGGUGCGUUUGCGAGUGGAGUAGAUACGAUAGCUGGAAACAAUGUGUCUUGUGUUGGUUUGAGACUCUGUUGAGUAGUUUCGGACUGGUUAUGGGACUGUUCUGAGAAUGUUUGAGACUGUUCUAAGUAGCAAUGGCCUUGCAACCAAUGCAACACAAAGCUGCGUGGUGAUAAGAACCCGGCUUUUCUCACUGUACCGUUAU